AUGACCGGACUCUCUGCGUGCUGCUCCUCGGGCUACGUCCACGAAGGAACGCCUGUUGGGACAUUCGAGGACGUCAACGACGUCUCCCGUCCGCAAGGUGACUAUGACAAGACGAAGGCUUUCCUAAUCCUCACCGACAUCUUCGGCGUCGAGCUUCCGAACGGCCAGCUCAUUGCCGACGCGUUCGCCUCGAAGGUCCCCGUCGCAGUGUACAUGCCCGACUACCUCUUUGACGACCCCGUCCCUCGCACGAACCUGACUCUCCCGGCAGAGGAGAAGAAGAAGCGACUCGGCGAGUGGUUGUCGCGGCACGGACAGGAUGUUACGGCGCCUGCUGUUGACGAGGUCAUCAAGGGGUUGAGGGAGAAGGGCGUCACGGAGUUUGCGGCGAUUGGGUACUGCUUCGGCGCCCGAUGCGUCGUCGACCUCUGCAUCUCGUCGCCGCCAGUCCUCUCCGCGGGUGCCGUUGCGCACCCGUCUCUCCUCGAUGUCCCGGACGACUUGCACGCCCUCAACGCUUCGACUGUCGAGUUCCUCUGGCUGCACAUGCUCCAGGACUUUGUCUUCACCAGGGACAAGCAGGAGCUGGCGAAGGAGAUCACCAAGAACAACCCCAAGCAUGUUCAUGCGGACUUCGACGGCGGUCACGGCUCGGCGAACAGGUGCGACCCGAACAACCCGCAGGAGCGCAAGGCGGCCGACGACGCGUUUGACAAGACCGUCGCUUGGCUGAAGGAGCGGUUCAUGCACGAGUAA